AUGGCCAGUUUGCUUAUUUCGUAUCGUUAUUUCACAUUCGUUCUUUACAUCGUCUGCGCGGUCAUCAUCCUCGGCGUGUCGGCAUGGAGUCUGAAUCUUGCGCAAGCGGCCUUGCAAACGGCUGUGGUCCAGGUGGACAUAUACCUUAUUUGUGUGAAUGCCCCAGGGGUCUUGAUCAUAUUUCCAAUACUGUUCCUUGACAUAUUCCGUCGAAAUGCUUUGACCAGUCGAAUAUGGUUUGAGUGUAUCUGGGUUGCCAUUUCCUCACUGCUUUUACUGGCUGGUGCUGUUGCUGUUUCAGCUACGACGUCAACUGUUGUUUGUCACUCCCUACCGCUGACUCCCUCAUUGGAUCUCUGUACCUCCUUGAGAGUACUGGUCGCAUUCACAUGGAUUGGUGCCGUAAAUUUCCUCGCCUAUUUCUGCGUCUUCGCGAAUGCUGUCGUUCGGCAUCACCAAGACGAUCCGGACAUCUGGCAGGCCAGUAUACCGGAUUAUCCAUGGUUUAUUGUCCGUGCGUCACUGGGAAGUGCACCAGUUUCUCCCAGUAAGGCCGAGGGUAAGGUCGACAGAAAGUCCUUCAAGCUUCGACCAGAUCCGAUCCUUCAGACGGAGUUUUCGAAGCGGAUGGUAACAAGACCACAGUAUGACGUGGAGAAACAGCUACCUCGGUCUGCACCUUCUCCGAUAGGUCCAUCUCCAAUGCGCCUGCAGCAGCAACUUCCCCGCACCGCUGCCAUGUUGUCGUUUGUACCUCUGAGUGCCAGAGGCAAGCCGCCAGCUCCUCCCCCACCUACCUCACCGUCCGUGCCUGCGAUUCAGGUAGUAGCACCGUCACCUUCCCAGGUGCCUACAGCGAGCGCCGCUACUGUCGCUGCUGCACCUCAACCCUCCACUCCCUUGUCCGCUUCUCGAAACAGGCUUCUCCGCAAAGGGAAGCGCAGUCUACACCUGCAUAGACCGCCGCCCUUGGACCUCACUCUCGCGACAUCGUAUCAGCCUACUUUCCAGCAGCCGCAGCAAUCUGCAGGAUGA